AUGGAGCACCACGUCUCAGGCCCCGUGAACACCGUCACCUUCUCUAGCUAUCCAGGUACCUACCUGCUCAGUGGCUCGUCCGACCGCGCCAUCCAUCUGUCGCGCGCCUUGCCUACCUCCAAUGCCCUCUCGAUCGUCGAAACCACCUCGCCGAUCCAGAAGUAUGAAGCCCACGGAUACUCGGUGCUAGACAUUGCGGUCGCGGCGGACAAUUCGCGGUUUGCCAGUGUGGGAGGAGAUCGGCAGGUCUUUCUGUGGGAUGUCGAGCAGGGAGCGACUGUGAGGCGAUGGUCGGGGCAUUCGAGUCGGGUUGAAGCGGUGCAGUUUGCGGGGGAGGGAGAUGCCGUUGUGGUAUCAGAUACAACGAUCAACCUCUGGGACUGCAAGUCCAAUUCCUACAAGCCUAUCCAGACGCUGACCGAAGCCACCGAUACCGUUUCCUCUCUGCAUGUUCACAUGCCGACCUACUCGAUUGCCAGCGGCAGCUAUGACGGCCGGGUGCGUAUCUACGAUAUCCGCAUGGGUCGCACGACCGUGGACGUCGUUGCGCACCCCGUCACGAGCGUGCGCUGCUCUGCGGACGGGAAUGCGGUUCUCGUGUCCAGUCUGGACGGGCGAAUCCGCAUGCUCGACCGGGCGGAUGGACGACUGCUAAAGGCCUUUGGGGGAGAGGAGCAGGUCGGAAAAGGCCCCGGAGGUUUCGAGGCCAGGUACCAGAACAAGGCGUUGAGAAUCCGCUCCGUCUUCGCAAAAGCGGACUCUGCCGUCCUCAGUGGAAGCGAGGCUGCGGAUAUGGAUGGGAAAAGCAAGAGUUCUGUCCAGGCGGCUGUCUUUGCCUGGGAUGUCCUCAGCGGCGAGAUCAUCGCUACGGUUCCCGCCGGUCUAGGCGUCAAGGUGGUCAGUUGCGUUGCCUGGAAUGAGAAGGGAGGCUGCUGGGCAGGUGCCUGCGCAGACGGCACCGUUAAAGUCUACAGUUAA